AUGCAUAUCGAAGUGUUGGAAGCCAAGAAAAUUCGCCGACAACACGCAAAUCUGGACGCUCGAUUGGCAAGAGCCACAAUUUGUCCUGUGAAAACUAAACUGAACAUCUGCCACAGUAUACGUCGGGAGAUUGAAGUGGACGGAAGCUUGGAUCCGUUAGACGCCAAAUGUUUUGGUACAUGCUUCGCUACCCUGGUAGAUAAUCUUCCCUCAGUUCUUCCGACGUACUUGCUACCGCAGGAGGAGUUAAUUGAGGAGUCGGGUUUGUCUAGAUUGGAUUCAGUGAGCAUCUACAUUAUUCCGGGCGACCAAGGUCAAGGUCAACGUGAAGGUUGUUUGAAAAUUAUUUAUUUUGUACUGCCCGAUUAUCAUUUACUGCUCUAA